AUGAAUGAAAUCUGGCGAGAAGUUGAGAAAAUCCCAAGGGUAACCAGGUUUAUUACUCUAUCUUCAAUCUCAAUUACCAUUUUGUCAUUCUUUGUCCCAGCGUACCUCGGUAUGCAUACCUCACUAGUUAUCCCUCAGUUCUGGCGGGCGUACACUUCUCUCUUCAUUCUUCCAAGCUCUAUUGGCGGCUUAUUUGAUCUACUCAUUCUAUUCAAAACGUCUUCCGAUUUGGAAGGCAGCGGCAUGGGUAGAGCCGGCGCCGGAUACGCGUGGAGUAGAAUCAUAGACGCCUUAUUUAUACUCCUACUUAACUACCCUAUCAACGCUUUCAGUCUGUUUAGAUCAUUCUUCCUCUCCGUCGUCUACACUCAAUCAAUACUCUCUCCAAAUUCUCAUGUUAGUCUGUUCGGAUUGGUUAGUAUACCCAACUACGCUUAUCCUUACGUUAUACUAGCCAUAGAUUUGUUGAUUGGCGGUCCAGUUAUUGUUCUUUUUGGUUUAAUGGGCAUCAUAGCAGCUCAUUUCAGGCAUACGCUGUCUAUUUUCCCUUCACCAGUACCUGCAUUAAUCAGAAACACGCUUACCACACCCCCACAAUGGUUUGAAAAGUGGUGGAUCUCUUCUGAAAGCAGAGAGCGUCACACUGGUUUUGGAACCGCCAUCAAUCCAACUCAAUCAAGAUCGCAAACACACAACUGGGGUGGUGGCAGACGUUUAGCUGAUUAG